CACCAGACCGACCCUCCGGCCGAGCGACGACUUGCCACUGCCUCCGAGUCCGCGUUAUCUGCGGCGCCAAACCAUGUUGUCUCCGAACACGUGACUGCAGAAAAAUCACGGAGGAAACGGACAGAACCAGAGAUCAUGGCUGAAACAACAGAACUACAAACUACUAUUGAUGAGGGUAAAGGAAUAAAUGGGUCUGAAGAAGUGCCACUUGUUUUAGAAAAUGGGAACUCUGAAGUUAGUGAGCCAGAUGAAGGCACUAUUGAACCUGAGGAAUCACAAGCAGAAGACAAUGAAAAUACUAGUCAAGAAGGUGAUGCUGAAGAAGAAGAAACCAAAGGAACAAAGGAGGUGAAAGAUGAUGUGGAGGAGGCAAAAGAGGAAAAGAAGGAAAAGGAGGAAGAAGUAGUGGAAGAGAGUGAGGAACAGGACACUAGCAAAAAUAUUGUAAAUGAGGAAAAAGAUAAAGUACUGGAGGAGAAGGAGGAGGAGGAACAAAAACCAACAGAGAAUAAAGAGAAUGUAGAUGAUAUAGAUGCAAAGGAAACAACAGAAAAAGAGGAAAGUGCAAGAGAACAUAUGGAAACAGAAAAUGCAAAAGAUGUCACAGAUGCUGUGAAUGAGACUCCAAGUGGUGAAGUUGAAGAUGCAAAACAGGAGAAUGGAGAAAGUGAGCCUAUGGAAACAUCCGAGGAACAGGUCACCGCAGAGAAAUUGCCAGAGAAAGAAGAAGCACCCAGCAGUGCAGAGAAGCAAACAACUGGCAGGAAGAGAGGGCCAAAGAAGAAAAAGAAACCAGAAGUGAAGACUCCCAGGAGGCCAGCAAAUAUUAUUGGAGAUGGAGAUGUUGAAACACCCGAAGGAUGGACCAGGAUAGUAGUACAACGUACCACUGGGGCAUCAGCUGGAAAAUUUGAUGUCUAUUAUUACAGUCCCCUUGGCAAGAAACUCCGCUCCAAGAAUGAGGUACGCACACACUGUGAGGAACACAACCUCACUUUGGACCUGGACACCAGCUUCUCGCAGAAAGCCCCCGGUGGGAAAGUGCGCACAGCGAGAGUGACCUCAGCCACACCAAAGACCCCCAAGGGAGCAUCUCUGAAGACUCCAAAGGCCCCAAGAACGGAGCCAGCAAAGAAGAGGAAGUUAGGAGCCAAAACAGAGGGACCCUUAGUCAAGAAGAAGAAAGGAAGUGACCAGACCAGCGACUAUUUCCGAGCCAAGGGAGAGGCAGUGGGCAGAGUCAGACUCAAAGCUGCAUCAAAGUGGAAUCCCCCAAGAUCACCCUUCAACCUCUUCCAGGAAUCUCUUUACCACGACCCUUGGAAACUUCUCAUCGGUACUAUAUUCCUCAACAGAACUACAGGUGAAGAGGCCUUGGGUAAGAACAUCUUAUGGGACUUCCUUGAGAGGUGGCCUACUCCAGAGGACACGGUCAAAGCAUCCUGGGAAGAAAUAGCUGAACUCAUUCAAUGUCUAGGGCUGCAUGAGAAGAGAGCAAAAAUGAUUAUUAGGUUUUCUGAGGAAUAUCUAACCAAAGACUGGGUUUACCCAAAGGAAUUGCAUGGUAUUGGAAAGUAUGGAAAUGAUUCUUAUAGAAUCUUCUGUGUUAAUGAAUGGCGCAAAGUGAGACCCUCCGACCACAUGCUGAACUUUUAUAUUGACUGGCUAUGGGAUAAUCACCGAUAUCUUGGCAUUGACUAGUGGAUAUCAAGUGACUUAGUAGUUGCGUUCAAAACUAUGGCCUUGGACUGAGGUCAGGAAUUUUUAAGCCUUAGGGAACUACUAAUGCAGGAAAGUUAACAUCCAGCUAGUGGUAUUUAUGUUGGAAAAGAAGUGAACAAAGCAUUCUAUGAUAUUUUAUAAGGCCUAACGUUUCAGGAUUUUAGUAAAUUAAUUUUCUUAAAUAAAGUACUGAGAAUGCAGGUGAAGUCUUUUAUAUUAAGUGUUAUUGAUAUUAAGCACGAGACAUGCAAUGUCAAGGAGGUUUACAGUAUUCUGAUCUCUUUUUACAUAGAUUUAGAGGAUGUAAAUUAUCAUUUUCACUUCUUCACUUCCCACAUUUCCUUUCACUGUAUGUCAUCCACGCUAAAUAAUAUUUUUCUGUGUCACGGUAAUAGUUAUAUAUAUUUGGCUGAGUCAAUAGCAGAGCAACAUUCUGUUUCUAAACUUCCUCGUCUUUAUUUAAUAUUUUUAGCAUUGUGUAUUUUCUUUCUUUCGUUAUUUCUUUUUUCUUCUUUUUCUUUACUGCCAAGAAGAAUAUAAAUGAUUAGACUUAGUUAAGCAGUACUACCAGCAGUAAAAGAGAAAAAAAAUUGUCUGGCACGAUCCACCUCAUAGGUUUUUCCGCAAAAAACAUAAUGUGUAUUAAAAAAAAGGACGACUGCAAAACCAUCUUGAUAUCAUGCAAGAUGUUUUCAGAAAAUGAGAAUACAAUGAGUGUAUGAAUGUUGGUGUUAUACAUUUGCUCAAAUACUCUGGACUUGUAAAUGUGACUUGAGUUGAAGGACCAGGAGGAGGAAAAAGCAAUGGAAAAUAAAGAAAAGAAAAAAAGAAAAAAUGUGUCGAGCAUUAAAGAUGGAAAGCAAUAUAAAGCAUGUGUAUUGUGAGGAGUCCCUUCCAAGUUUGAUAAGAGAUGAAUUUCAAAGAGACAAGUGGAACUUUGUAUCAACUAAUAUCGUAAUAUUCAUUUUUUUUUUUUUUUUUUUUUUUUUCUUUUUUUUUUUUUUUACUUUUUUUUGUGUGUUAAGAAUAACUUUCAUUAAUAUUUAGAAUUUGUUUAGAGUGUAAGGUAUAACAUUUAAGUUUUUUUUUAUACUCCAGUUUUCACAAUAUUUGACACAGUUACAACUGACUGAAGAAGAUAUUGUGGCAAGAAAAAAAAAGAAGUUUGUGUGUGUAGAAAGAAAAUCACUGAGGAAGAUAGAAGAAUAUGAUUAUGGUGAGGUUAACAGAGAGAAGGAAAUCUUUAAAAAGCAAUUUGUUUUUUUAGUAAAUAAAAAAGAAACCUUUUGAUUUUUAAAAAUCUUUUGGUUUGGUACACUGUGUUGUGCAAGAAAUUUUAUGUAAAAAAUCCACAGUAUUUUCUGAAAGUUGAUGUAGCUCAUACAAUUGCCUUAAAUGUUGAUAUAUUUUUCCCUUUAUUUAUUAAUAGUUUUAUUUGCACCUAACUUACAUUGCAGUCAGUAAGGAAUGAUAACAUUGAUGUUAAUGUUAAGUUCGAAUUGUCCUUGUUAAUGAUUUAUAUAAUAAGAAAUUGACAGUGUUAAUGUUACCAAGUAAAAAUAGUAUGUUAUUAAUAUUACUAUUUUUAGAGCUACUUUAAGCAUUGUAAUUAGUCGUUAAUUUAUCAUUUUCUUUACAAAUAUUAUACUCAUUGUUUUGUCCUUAUUGUUGAGGUUAUAUAUUCUGUAAAGUUAUUAAGACUGUAAUAGGCCAACCAUUUUUUUUUUCUCUCUCUUUUCUGUUUAUUGGUAAUUUUAUUAUUAAUGGUAGGAAAUGUUUGUAUUAAUUCUUCAAGCAUGUUAUCUCACUUAACAUCAUCAUCACUGUUGCUGUUAUUAGUUUUGUUAAAGUUAGAUGAUUGAUGGUAUUCAGAAAUUGUCUUUAUGACUUUUUUUCAUGUUUCAGACAGUUAAAGCAUAAUGGUAGUUGCAUUGUUAAAUUUUCAUCAUUAUGAUUAUCAUUCUUGUUAUCAUUAAUUAUUGGAUUGUACUAAAGAAUAUAAGAGGAAUCAGAUUUAUAGCGGAUGAGUGAAGGAUGAGUGAGAGAGAAUGUAGAAAAGGGAAGAAAGAAAAGCAUAUUUGUGUGAAAGGAAAAAUCUAUCACCCAUGCUACUUUCCUCUUUGUUUACUGUAUUGAACUGCAGAGUGAGUGUUCAGGUUUCAAGAUGAUCUUAAUGGUGCUUGUAAGGGACACAGUUAAUAAAAAGAUAAAUACUUGAUUAAAAUAAAAUUCAAUUACCUAUAGAAAUUAAAUAAAAUUACCCAGAGAAAUGCUUUAUUGUAGGUUAUUAGGCUAACUUCGUACCAAUAAGUUUUGUGGUGUAGGUUUUGAACUCUUAAGUAACGGUUAGUAUAUUUUACUGAACACAAAUCCAGCUUCAUGCAGUCAUCUCAGAUAAUGUAAUAAUGAAGUCCCUGAUUAAGAGCUCCUUACUUUUCAUAUGUAUGACUGUUAUCUUCUCCACAGCAGUUUUUACAUAGUAUACCUUGAGGGAAGCUUGUUGGCAGAAUGAGGUCAGUGACAACAGCAACUUCAGUUCUAAAAGUUACAUCACCUAUGGAACUUGCAUGAACUAUCAUAUGUGUGAAUGUACAAUCUAGGCAGUGGAAUCUUAAAGGUUGCUGUGUAUGUGACAGAAACCAGAGUAAAACUACACCAAGAAAAAAAAAAAUAUAUAUGUUAAUCUUUUUACUUACAUUUGUGUUUUGGAUAAUCUUUUCUUCCUGAAAUUACUGGAUUUUCUUCAAUAGUUUCCAUAAUACUAGCAAAGUUAUUGUCUGUGAUCUUUAAUUACUGCAGAUAAACCUUUCUGAUAAUAUGUUCAAGGUAAGUCACAGACAAAAAUUAUUGUUUAAUUAUAUAUUCAUUGUUUCAGGUCCAGUUUUGUCUCGAAUUUCAUAAUCUUGCUUCAUUACUGGUUUUCCUCUCUGUUCGGGUUGUAGAUGAAAUUGUAAAGGAAGCACAGAAUUGGGAUGGUUGGGUUAAACAACAAAUAGAUUUUUAAUGUUAUAUUGUUAUAAUAGAACUAGAUAUAUUUGUUUUCUUCCAAAGAGAAGGGUUCUGGAGGAUGUAAAGAUCUGGGGCCUUUUUUCAGUGAAUAUGAAUUUUAAGCUGAUGGAUGAAAGACUAAGAAAGAUGAUUUUUACAUGGCAUUGUACAAUAUAGAUUUAUUCAUGCUGGUAAAUCAACCAAAACAACACACUGCUCUAUUGCUUUCCAAAUACCUUUUACUGCUUUGGAUAAAUUCUAUUGAAACCUUUUUAUAUGUCUAAUGAUUUCUUUUAUUCUUUUCUUUUUGUUUGAUCUUUAGUGUCCUCAUAUGAUUCAUAACAAGGCUGCAGUUGAUAACACUGAGUGCUCUUACCAUUUUUACGGUAGUGAUUUAGUUUGGUGUUUGCUAGAGACGCAGAUAAGUGCAGGCAGUGUGAAACACGAUAUUCAAAAUCUUGUGGAUAUUCAUGUAUCAGUGUGUUCAUAAUGGUAACUAUAGCAACAUUACCUUUUUGAUUUACUGACUUGUGUAUGAUGUUAAAGAUUCAUGGCUGAAAGUGAUACAAAAUGUGUUGUGGAAAAAUGGAGUAACUAUUAAUGCCAUGGCAUGAAUGCUGAAGCACUGCUUUUAUGUAAUUUUGUGGAAAGUUAUCUAGUAUGCAAAAUACUAUGUGGUAAUGUAUGCUGGGGAUUUGUAUUGUUUUGAUUGCAGUCAGAUAUAAAUUGUUCUAUUCUCUGGUUUAGUGUAUGUAAUUACUGUACAGUUUAAAAAAGAAGUUUAAUACACCCAUAAGCACUAAAUUUUUCCCCUCUGUAGUAGCCAUAAUUGGAGCCAGUGAAAACCUGGAAACCUACACUCACUGCAUUUGCCUCAUCCUGAACGUAAGCUUUGUUGAACAAAGUUGGAACAGUGGCUGUGAGUUGUUUGAUAUGGCUGGCCAUGAACUCACCAAAUUGAGGGGGGAAAAUUCACGCUUAAAAGUGUACCUCAUUACGUCACAGGGCUGAGAAUAUGAUAAGUUAUCUGUCUUCAAAAAGAUAGUAUGCAGUAUAAUUAAAAAAAAAAAAGUUCUGUAAUUUUAAUUUUGUUAUGAAUAGGUUUACGUAUUUAGUGCACACCGAACGUGGUGGCUCAGAUGUCUGGAAUUCCCAUUGGAAACUUUUUCAAAGUAGGCCUAUUUUUCAUGACCAUCAAAGAUUGUGGAUGCUUGCCUCAAACUUUUGAUAUACAUUCUAACAUCUAUUCAAUCCCAAAAUCAUCACAAAUUCUUUGGAGAAUAAAGUGCUGUAAAGCUUCCAGAGACAGCAUUCUCCUCCUAAAGAGCUCAUUACCUCAUUACAAAAUACCUUUGCAUCUGCCAGUAUUUUCAGUUAAUUCUUUAAAGUUUUGAUGAGUUUUGCUUACUUCAGGAAUAUGACAUUUUUUCUUCUGUGGACGGAAAUGUACUGACUAAUCAUAAUCUCAUUAUCAAAUUAUUAUUUGCAGUUUUCAUUUUGAAGUUAUGAGAAUGAAAACAAUGGUGUUGCAUAGAUUCUAACUUGGAAUACCACAUUUUCAGUAAAGUCCUGCUGGUUUGGAAAAUUCUAAGUAGAAACAAACACUGAAAUAAUUAUCAAUAGGAGACUAAAAUAAAAAAAAUAAACAUUAGAUUUUUUAUGCUCAGCGUAUGGCAGCAAAUCUCGUUUUAAAAUGAAAUUUAAGAAAUUAGGAAAUAUGAGAUGACGUAAACAGUUAAAGGAAAAUUAUCAUGAUAUAAAAGGAAACACUUUGGAGUGUGAUUAAGUACUAGAUUUUGGAAUCAGAUUUUUUUAACAUCAAAGCCAAGUAUGCUGUGGCUCAUUUGUGGCCAAUAAAGAUUUGAAGGUUGUAAUUUUUACUUGAGACUCAUCAGCUAAAUCAGUGUUUCAGCACUUUGAAGAUAAUUUAGAAGUGUAACUCUACAACAUGUUUCAUACACAAAAAUAUUUACUUUGAGGACACUAAUGACAAGAUGAGCAGGUGUAGGCUUAAUGGACAAUGCAUUCCAAGUGGUAUUGAUACUAUAAUUUUCCUAAAGCCUGCAAAAAUUAUUAGGUAAUUUGUAAAAUGAUGUACAAAUAAAGGAGAUUUAAAGAG